GGCGCGGGGCAGCGCUUUUCUCCCACCGGCCGUUAACGGUCGGUUGGUCAGUCAGCAGCCCGGGCGCGCUUCUAGCGGGCAGCGCGGCGCCUCGUUACAGCUUCCUGCGGACGGAACCGCCGCGGGGGCAGCUCUCGGGAAGGAGUCCUCAGGAAAGCGCCCUCUUCAGACCUUCCGUGAGCGUUUUCCUUCAGGGGAGGGGAACGACGCGUGAGGAAUUGCGCUUAGUGGUCUCGCUCGGUUCGUUUCUAUCACGGCGCAACGCUUUCGUGGUCUCGAUUUCUGCCGUUGGCUCUUCAGGGCGGCUCGUAACUUAAAGAAGCAAACGGCGUAAGAAAAUGUCCCGUAAAAGCUCCGGGGAAGGCCGGAAGGCGAACGUCUCCAGCUCCCUGGAGUCGGAGGACAUCAGCUUGGAAACCACCGUCCCCACCGACGAGCUGUCCUCCUCCGAGGAGCGGGAGGGCGCGGCGCGGGUCACCAGGCAGCUGAUCGAGCGCAAGGAGCUGCUGCACGGCCUGCAGCUGCUGAAGAUAGAGCUGUCGCAGAAAAACCUCAUGAUCGACAACCUGAAAGUGGAAUACUUGACCAAGAUUGAAGAGCUAGAAGAGAAGCUGAAUGAUGCAAUCCAUCAGAAGCAGCUGUUGUCUUUGCGACUGGAUAGCCAGCUGGCAUUGCAGCAAGAAGAUGCUAGAAAACAUCAGGCGCUAAUGAGACAAGAAAUGGAAACUAUUUUAUUGAGACAAAAGCAACUGGAGGAAACAAAUCAUCAGUUAAGGGAGAGGGCUGGAGAUAUCCGUCGUAGUUUGCGUGACUUGGAAUUAACAGAGGAUGGCUACGAGAAGCUGAAGUCUCUGCCUGAAGAUCAGCUUUCCAUCCCAGAAUAUGUUUCUAUUCGAUUCUAUGAAGUGGUCCAUUCCUUAAGAAAAGAGCUGGGUGAUCUACAGAUGAAGAAGGACACGUUAACAGAAGAAGUAAGCGAAUACAAAUCCCAGCUGAAGGCUCUAACAGAGAACUAUGAAAACGAGAGGCGAAGUCGGUCAGAACUUGAGGUUAAAUGCCAACGCUUAACGCUGGAACUGGCUGAUACCAAGCAGAUGAUUCAGCAAGGUGAUUUCAGACAAGAGAACUAUGAUAAAGUGAAAUGUGAACGAGAUGUAUUUGAACAUGAAUUGUCAGAACUCAGAAGAAAAUACGAAAUACUGGAAAUUUCACAUAAAGCACAAGCUAAAGAAAGAAAUGAUUUAUCAAAGGAGCUGGCAACCAUACAACAAUCUCUCAACCUCUUGCAAAAAGAUAAAGAUUACCUUAAUCGCCAGAACAUGGAGCUUAGUGUUCGCCGUGCACAUGAAGAAGAUCGUCUUGAAAGGCUUCAGAUUCAGUUGGAGGAUGCCAAAAAAGCUAGAGAAGAAAUGUAUGAAAAAUAUAUUGCAUCCAGGGACCACUACAAAACAGAAUUUGAGAAGAGAUUGCAUGAGGAAUUGGAACAAAUAAGACUGAAAACAAAUCAAGAAAUUGAGCAACUUCGAAGUGCUUCGAAAGAGAUGUAUGAGCGUGAAAACAGAAAUUUGAGAGAAGCAAGAGAUAAUGCUGUUGCUGAAAAAGAGAGAGCUGUUACUGCUGAAAGAGAUGCUUUAAGAAAGUAUGACCAACUCUUAGAACAGUAUAGACAAAUGCAGCUUGGCACAGAAAGCAAAGUAUCUGAACUUCUUCACCAAAGUAAGUUAAAGUCCUUUGAAAGUGAACAUAUUCAACUCAUGCAACAAGAAACAGCUAAGAAUCUUUCACAGUGCCAAAUAGAAUGUGAGAAAUAUCAGAGAAAGUUGGAGGUGCUCACCAAGGAAUUUUACAGUCUUCAGUCUUCUAGUGAAACACGCAUUAUUGAACUUCAAACACAGAAUUCUGAGUUUCAGGCAAGACUAGAUACUUACGAAAAACUUGAAAAAGACCUUGAUGAGAUAAUAAUGCAGACAGCAGAAAUGGAAAAUGAAGUUGAAGCUGAAAGGGUUCUCUUCUCAUAUGGGUAUGGUGCUAAUGUUCCUACAACAGCCAAAAGACGACUGAAGCAAAGUGUUCACUUGGCAAGAAGGCUACUGCAGCUAGAAAAGCAAAACUCGUUGCUUGUAAAAGAUCUGGAACAUCAGAAGGAACAAGUAAGACAGAUUUCACAAGAGCUUGACAGAGCAAAUUCUUUGUUGAGUCAAGUACAACAGCCAUACAAAUACCUCGUUGAAACUGUGCAACAGAGAGAUUCUCAAAUAAGUGUACAGAAGGAACACAUUGCAGAACUUGAAAAAGAUGUCAGUCUUUUAAAUAAAGAAAAGACAGCUUUGCUGCGUGUCAAGAAUCAAAUGGCAGCAGAUUUGGAGAGACUUCUAAAUCAUCGUGAGGAACUAGCCGUAAUGAAACAGAUUCUAAUUAAUCUACAGGAUAAACACAAGGAACAAAACUUACUUCCAUCUCAAAUUAAUUUAAAAAGUUUGACUGCAGAAAACAAAUUAAACCCUUCAGUAAAACCGCUGCCAGAAUAUGAAGAAGAAAAUGUAUUUAGACCUAAGCCAACAUUAUUUACAAAUACACAGGCACCUGUAUGGUACAAGAAACUGCAGAAGAAAACAUCACCAUAGCAUUUUUCCGUAAAUACUAUGAAAAUCCUUUAAGGAGAUUUUCUUUGAAGAAAGAUAUUUUCACCAUAAUAAUGCCUCUUUUCCCAUAAAGGCAAACAACUCUUUUGUUUACAAUUGUUGCUUUAUAUCUGUGAAAUUAUCUUAUGUUGUAUACUGUAAUUUUUAGAUCUGCCGUGUGAAUAAAAUGUGUGGAAAUAAUGCAUGCAAUGAACUUACUACCAUAUAUUUGAAUUUUAAAAGAUAAAUAAACACCAUCAUAUUGCAUAUAUUUAUAA